AUGAUUAUGAUGGUUCAACUAAAAAGAGACUGUUAAUCUUGCACCAAAGAAUCUAAUCGAAUUUAUUAUCCAGAAUUUAAUAUGUGCUUAUGUCGAUUCUACACUACUAAUAAAUCAAAAUGUUAAUCUUAUGAAAAUUCAAAUUUGAAUUGA